AUGGAUCCUUCGAGAAGGCAACCCAAGGACUCACGUUACGCAAAUCUCUUCGAUCUCGAGCCAUUGAUGAACUUCAGAAUUCCGAGAGCUGAAGAUGAAUAUGAUUAUUAUGAGAGUAGUAGCGAGGAUGAAACUAGAAGCAAUCAAGGUGGGGUAGUGGCAAACUAUAGCAAUGGGCGUAAAUCGGGAACGAACUUGAGCAUCAAGAAGAGAAAGCGGUGGACAGAAGCUGAUGAUGAUGCAGAGGAUGAUGAUGAUGAUGAACCCUACAAUCAUCAUGUUACUGAGGAGCACUACCGAUCAAUGCUUGGGGAGCAUGUACAAAAGUUCAAAAGCAGGUCCAAGGAGUCUCAGCCUAAUCACACACAUUUGAUGGGUGUUCCGAUGCCAAAGAGCAAUGUGGGCAGUUACAGAGGUAGGAAACUAGGGAACGAUCACCAUGGGAGAUUCUAUGACAUGGACACCUCUGAUGCAAUCCCACAGAGGCGAGGAAGCCAUCGAGAUUCAGAUAUUACCCCCAAAAUUGCAUAUGAACCUUCAUAUUUGGAUAUUGGUGACGGCGUUGUCUACAGAAUCCCCCCAAGUUAUGACAAGCUGGUGGCAUCAUUAAACUUACCAAGCUUUUCAGAUAUUCAUGUGGAAGAAUUUUACUUGAAAGGAACUCUGGAUUUGAGAUCAUUAGCAGAACUGAUGGCUACCAGUAAAAGGUCUGGAGCAAGAAGCCAUAGUGGAAUGGGUGAGCCUCGAGCUCAGUAUGAAUCACUUCAAGCUAGAGUGAAGGCCUUGUCCGCUUCAAAUUCCAUCCCAAAUUUCAGCCUCAAGGUGUCUGAAGCUGCAAUGAAUUCUGUCAUUCCAGAAGGAGCUGCUGGAACUACUGCACGGACAAUUCUGUCAGAGGGUGGUGUUUUACAGGUUCAUUACGUGAAGGUUCUGGAGAAAGGGGAUACAUAUGAGAUUGUUAGACGAAGUCUACCAAAGAAGCAGAAGGUGAAGCAUGAUCCUGCAGUUAUUGAAAAGACAGAAAGGGACAAAAUUAGAAAAGCCUGGAUCAACAUUGUCAGAAGAGAAAUACCAAAACACCAUAGAAUCUUCACUACUUUUCAUCGGAAACAAUCAAUUGAUGCCAAGAGGUUUGCAGAUUGUUGCCAGAGAGAGGUGAGAACUAAGGUGGCCAGAUCACACAAAUUGCCAAAGAGUGCACCAAUUCGCACCAGGAAAAUAUCCAGAGACAUGUUGCUGUUCUGGAAGCGAUAUGACAAGCAGAUGGCAGAAGAAAGGAAAAAACAGGAAAAGGAAGCUGCAGAGGCAUUGAAACGUGAACAGGAGCUUCGAGAGGCAAAGAGGCAGCAGCAGAGGCUCAAUUUUCUAAUCAAACAGACUGAACUUUACAGUCACUUCAUGCAAAAUAAGGCCGAUUCAAAGCCUUCAGAAGCCUUCCCAAUAGGAGAUGAAAAUCCAGUUGACGAAGAGCUCCCAGAACCUUCAGCGGCAGAACCUUCUGAGGUGGAGGAUCCUGAAGAUGCUGAAGUAAGGGAACAGGCCCUGAAAGCUGCCCAAGAGGCGGUGUCUAAGCAGAAAAAAAUAACAGAUGCAUUCGACACUGAAUAUAUAAAGCUACGGCAAACUUCUGAGAUGGAAGGUCCUUCAAAUGAGAUACCAGUUUGUGGCUCGAGCAAUAUAGAUUUGCAUAACCCAUCCACAAUGCCUGUUACAUCAACAGUUCAGACUCCAGAGUUAUUUAAAGGAACCCUCAAAGAAUACCAAAUGAAAGGCCUUCAGUGGCUAGUCAAUUGUUAUGAGCAGGGUUUGAAUGGCAUACUUGCUGAUGAAAUGGGCUUGGGUAAGACUAUUCAAGCUAUGGCAUUCUUGGCACAUUUGGCUGAGGAAAAGAACAUUUGGGGUCCAUUUCUGGUGGUUGCCCCUGCUUCUGUUCUGAACAACUGGGCUGAUGAAAUCAGUCGUUUCUGUCCUGACUUGAAGACUCUUCCAUAUUGGGGAGGAAUACAAGAGCGGACAAUUUUAAGAAAGAAUAUCAAUCCCAAGCGUAUGUACCGAAGGGAUGCUGGUUUUCAUAUUUUAAUUACCAGCUAUCAGCUACUAGUAACCGAUGAAAAGUAUUUUCGCCGGGUUAAGUGGCAAUAUAUGGUUCUAGAUGAGGCCCAAGCAAUUAAAAGUGCCUCCAGUAUAAGAUGGAAGACCCUUCUAAGUUUCAACUGUCGGAACCGAUUGCUUCUGACUGGUACUCCAAUUCAGAAUAACAUGGCAGAGUUAUGGGCCCUAUUGCACUUCAUCAUGCCAAUGUUGUUUGACAGCCAUGACCAAUUUAAUGAGUGGUUCUCAAAAGGAAUUGAGAAUCAUGCUGAACAUGGAGGCACUUUAAACGAGCACCAGCUUAACAGACUGCAUGCAAUAUUAAAGCCAUUCAUGCUCCGACGGGUCAAAAAGGAUGUGGUUUCUGAGCUAACUACAAAGACGGAAGUUACAGUACAUUGCAAGCUCAGUUCUCGACAACAAGCGUUUUAUCAGGCUAUUAAGAACAAAAUUUCUCUGACUGAGUUGUUUGAUAGCAACCGUGGGCAUCUUAAUGAAAAGAAAAUAUUGAAUUUAAUGAAUAUCGUCAUUCAACUUAGGAAGGUUUGCAACCAUCCAGAGUUGUUCGAAAGGAAUGAAGGGAGCUCUUAUCUCUACUUUGGAGUGAUUUCUAAUUCUCUUUUGCCCCCUCCCUUUGGUGAGCUAGAGGAUGUACAUUAUUCUGGUGGUCAAAAUCCGAUAACAUACGAGAUACCUAAACUCCUACAGAAGGAGGUGCUCCAAAAUUCUGAAACAUUCUGCUCUUCCAUCGGGCGGGGCAUAUCAAGAGAAUCCUUUCUGAAGCAUUUCAAUAUAUAUUCACCCGAGUAUAUUCUUAGGUCAAUAUUCCCAUCUGAUAGUCGGGUAGAUCAAGCGGUUAGUAGAAGUGGAGCAUUUGGCUUUUCGCACUUGAUGGAUUUAUCACCAUCAGAAGCUGGAUAUCUGGCUUUGUGUUCCAUCAUGGAAAGGCUAUUAUUCUCUAUGCUGAAAUGGGAACGGCAAUUCUUGGAUGAGAUAUUAGUAGACAUGGAAGUCAUGGAUGAUGAACUUGGUGGAGACAACAUCAAUAGAGUGCAAACCAGGGCUGUCACAAGAAUGUUGCUGAUGCCAUCAAAAGUUGAAACGAAUUUGCUGAAAGGGAGAUUAGGCGCAGGUCCUACCCAUCACUCAUUGGAAUCUCUAGUGAUCUCUCAUCAGGAUAGGCUUCUUUCAAAUAUCAAACUCCUACAUUCUACGUAUACUUUUAUCCCAAAAGCCAGGGCUCCUCCGGUAAGCGUUCACUGCUCGGACAGAAAUUCUGCCUACAGAAUUACAGAGGAUUUACAUCAACCAUGGCUUAAGAGACUAUUAAUCGGUUUUGCACGGACGUCAGAAGCUAAUGGACCCAUGAAGCCAAACGGCCUUCCACAUCCGUUAAUCGAAGAAAUUGAUUCAGAACUUCCAGUUGUGCAACCUGCGCUUCAACUGACUCACAGGAUAUUUGGUUCUUGCCCUCCAAUGCAAAGUUUUGAUCCAGCAAAGUUACUCACGGCCUCUGGAAAGCUGCAGACACUUGAUAUAUUAUUGAAGCGACUUCGAGCUGGAAAUCAUAGAGUGCUCCUGUUUGCACAAAUGACAAAGAUGCUGAAUAUUCUCGAGGAUUAUAUGAACUAUAGAAAGUACAAGUACCUCAGACUUGAUGGAUCCUCCACCAUCAUGGAUCGGAGAGAUAUGGUUAGGGAUUUUCAGCAUAGGAGCGAUAUUUUUGUAUUCUUGCUGAGCACCAGAGCUGGAGGACUUGGGAUCAACUUGACGGCUGCGGACACUGUCAUAUUCUAUGAAAGUGAUUGGAAUCCUACCUUGGAUUUGCAAGCUAUGGACAGAGCUCAUCGUCUUGGUCAGACAAAAGAUGUUACUGUGUAUCGGCUCAUAUGCAAGGAGACUGUGGAAGAGAAAAUCUUGCACAGGGCAAGUCAGAAAAAUACAGUCCAGCAGCUUGUUAUGACCGGAGGAACUGUUCAGGGUGAUGAUGUUUUUGGAACUGCGGAUGUUGUAUCGUUGCUUAUGGAUGAUGCAGAGGCAGCACAACUGGAGCAGAAAUUCAGAGAACUACCAUUACAGGUGAAGGACAGGCAGAAGAAGAAACAGCCAACGAAAUGUAUAAGAAUAGAUGAUGAAGGAGAUGCGACUUUGGAAGAGUUGGAAGAAGCUGGACGACAGGAUAACGGAGAGGAACCUUGCCAAGAAGCGGAGAAGACAAAACCCAGUAACAAAAAGAGGAAAGCUGCUUCAACUCCGAAACCUAGAGGCUCGCAGAAAGCAAAAGAAGAAGUGAAUGGUGAAGGAGAUGCUCCUCUUCAGCCUCAGAGAACAAAAAGGGUAAAGAGACAAACAAAGAGCAUAAACGAGAGUCUUGAACCUGCUGUCUUCUCUGCAUCAAAUGGAGAUUUCGAUCCAAGUAGCUCCAAUGCAGCAGACAGUUAA